GGGAGUUGUCCGGUGAGGCUUGGCAUGAAGACUACGUACUGUACUCAAACCACAACACAACACUCUAAGACAAGCCUUAUGCGCGAGGGGAAGGGAAGCUUGCUUCCAGGUGAGGUAGAGGUCGGUGGCCAUUGUAGGGAUCCCCGCGGUCGGUUUAGAUGGAUGUAAUGAGCUUUAAUUCGGUGGGCCAAAAGGUCACCCUUGCUUGACUGGGAUUGAGUCUCUUGGGGACCCGUGGUCCAGACAUCACAAGAAGCGGUCGGUUGGUUGGUCGGUCAAAUCGGUCGAUAAGAAAGAACAGCACUGGAACCUGGAGGAUUUUCCUCGAUCAUCACGAUCUGGGGGAGGACGAGGACGAGGACGAGGGGCGAGGGAUGAGAGACGGAGAAGCAUCCCGUGCGGGCGGCUACGUGGUGAUGCUGCUGCUGCUGCUUGCUGCUGGUCGUGGUGGUCGUGCUGUUGCUGCCGUCUCGGUACUCCGUAGUAUGCCAUGCAUGCAGGAAGGCAAAGAGGCGAUCAGACGGGAUCCCAUCUGCACGCUCCAAUUAGACAAUGUUUGGGGUUUGGUCAAACUUCACUGCCAUGGUCGCUGAGGGCGGUCGGUCUUUUC